GGAGCCUCCUACCACCAGCCGUGCCACCGUACUCACCUUAUCGGUAUGUUAUUUUUAAUUUAAUAAUUAUUAGUCUUAUUAUUCGUCUUGAUUGUAGCCCUAAAUACACGGCAUUCUGGUAAAAUGCCUCGUUCAUUUAACCCUAUAUUUCGUAGAGUAAGAUGACGCAAUUGAGCGUUACUCUACACUAUUAACGCAAACAAGCUUAGAACACGGAUCUCCCGCGUCACCGACGGAAACCUAUCCAAUAAGCCACUAUCAAUUUACUAGCAAAUAGCUAGCAUACUGAUUAAAAAAUUCCCACAUUGAAGAAUAUUUAGGAGCGGGAGGAUGGGAAUUAAAACAACCCUUCAUUAACUGUUUAACUUCGGGGUGUUGACCCAAAGAAAGACAAUCAACGGAAGGUAACGUACAGAGUUGGGGGGAGCGCGCUCUUUUCGAGAGCGCGCUCUGAGCGGCGCUCAGAGCGACGAGCGAAGUCGCUCAAACUGGAAAAACGUGAGAGGGAGCGCGAGCGAAGACCUCCUGAGCGGAAGCUCAAUGACUGCAACGCCAUCUAGCGGUCAAUAUUUAAAACUAAUUGGAUGACGGAAUAUUUCCAAAUAAUAUUCAUCAUCUCGUUCUGUGCUUGUGCCAAAUUGCCAAUAAACUGAAUCAAGUAAUUCAGAAGCAACCCAAACAGGCAUUUUAUUUAUCCAUGGCCUCCAAUCAGAGAAGUAACAAGACAGGUGAAAGAGAUUUUAAUGAAAUUGAAACAGACUGUAAUUCUCAAUCGUCUGAUCACUCUGAUGUCUCGCACACGUUGGUGAAUAAGGAAGUCGUGGAGAUGGAAGUCAUUGCUAGUGCUGAAACCCAUUGUACGAGUAAAAGAAUCCAACUACCAGCAAAUUACUUUACUUUUAUAGAAGAUGUGAAGAAAGGAAAGGGGUUCAAAGUCAAGUGCCUAUUGUGUCAUCAGUUUAAGACAAAGUAUGCCUCUAAUGGACAACCAGAGUACCUAUCAAUAACUAACAACUCUGCAUACAAUGCAAAAAGGCAUAUGAAGGUAAAACAUCCUGAGAGUCUUGCUUAUUUUGAACGAUGGUGUAAAGAGAAAAUCAAAGAUGGAAACAAUACUAAUGGUAAUGCUAGUAUUGCUGGUGCUGGAAAAGGGAAUGUCUUUCAAAGUAAGCUAGAUCAGCACUUGAGUUCCAGUGCUUCUAAAUCUAAGCCAAUAAAAACACAAAAACAGCUUGACGAUAUGAUACUGAAUCACAUCAUCUCAGAUCUUCUGCCGCUAAGUGAAAUUGAGAAAGAGGGAUAUAGAGAGCUCAUUGGUGGUUUAAUUGGCUCUCUUGUCAUUAAAAGUAGGCGUUCUAUGAUGGAACUGCUGAACAAGAAAUAUCAAUCCACCAAAGAUAAUUUGAUUGCCGAGCUUCAGAAAGCAGAGUACGUAUGUACGACUGCAGACUGCUGGACAGCUCAUAAGCGAAGCUUUUUGGGCAUGACGGCCCACUGGCAUUCAGAAGACAAAGAUUCGAAAGAAAUCGUACGUCGAAGUGCUUGCCUUGGAGUACGAAGGAUUUACGGAAGCCAUACUCAUGAUGUCAUUGCUAAGGCAAUUUCAGAUGUUCAUGCGGAAUUUCAGAUUUCCUACAAAGUUAACUGUACAAUUACCGAUAACGGCUCCAACUUUCUUAAAGCAUUCAAAAUGUUUUCAAGUGUAACACCCCAAGAUAAAGAUAAUUUUUCUCGAAGAUCCGAUGGUGAUGAAUAUGAAGAAGAUGAGUUUAAUGACGAAGAAGAUGAUGAGGAAGAUGUGGUUUAUAUUGAAAUCGGCGAAAUUCUAAAUCAUGGACAAAAUCAGCUGCAAAUGGAAUGUGAUGAAGAACACGAGCAAAACAUAUCAAUUCGAAAAGAAAAUAUAGGAGAGGACGAUGUUGACAGUGACAAUGAAGAAAGUCAGAUCCGUCUUCCACGUCACUUCCGCUGUACGUGUCACACUAUAAAUCUGAUAGCCACGACCGACGUUAAAAACAUCGUGAAUCAACGAUUUUCAAGAUUGAAGAAACAACUAGAUGCUAAACUAUCUUCCAUCUGGAAUAGACAAAGCCGUAGCUCAUUGGCGUCCGACCACAUUAAAAAGAUCAUGGGAGAACUGUUCGUGAUUCAUAAUGCUACACGCUGGAACUCUUAUUAUGAUGCAUUACGUAAAGUGCAACAUUUCGUGACUCACAAAUUUGAAGAACUUCAAAUGGUUUUUGAUCAUUUUAAAGUUAAAAGGAUGACAACAGCGGAAAUGGAUUUUCUCAAAGAAUUCAUAAAAGUGAUGAAACCAAUCUCUGAUGCCCUGGAUGUUUUCCAAAGUGAAUUAAAAAUGUCUGUUGGGUGCGUUUUGCCGGUUCUAACCCUUUUAAAAGAAAAACUCAUUGGUUUCCAAGAAGACAGGAGUUUUACUCAUUGCGUGCCUCUAAUCACUUGCUUGAUCGAUGGUGUUGAAAGAAGAUUUUGCAAGUCAUUUGUUGACGACUUUAUGCGUCUUGCAGCGAUCAGCGAUCCACACUUUAAGUUGACUUGGAGUCCUGAAGAAAAAAAAGCGUACGACACCGACCUCCUGAAGCGAGAAGUUAAAAGACGUGGGAAUGCUACACUUGAUAGAACUCAAAGCAGCCAUGACGAAGGAAGUUGCAGUGAUUUUUCGCCGCUGAAAGGAAAGAAACCGAAGAGAAAUAGAUUCUUGGAAGGAUUGAAAAAGAGGGCCUCGACCGAUGUUAGCGAAGUAGAACGCUACUUUAAUGACGGUGUCGGUGGUUCCCUGGAAGAUCUCCAUCGUUUCCCAACUAUAAAGCAAAUAUUUCUGGAAUACAACAGCGCACUGCCGUCGUCCGCCGCAUGCGAGCGGCUGUUUAGCACGGCAGGACUAAUUUUCGUUCCCAAACGUACAAACUUAAAGGACAGCACUUUUGACAAAUUAGUUUUUUUGAAAAAAAAACGGGAAUUCCAGUAAGAAGGAUUCAUCUUCUAAGUAAGUUGUAACUUGUAAUGCAGUUGUAGUGCCAAAAUGAAGAUGGAAAUAU